GCUGAACCCUUUGGUACCAGGAGCGGAUCCGCACGCAUCUCUGCUCUGCCUGUCUGUCUGUCUGUCUUGCCUCUGCCACCUUCCGCCCCCCUCCUUGGUUUCUUUGCCACUCCGGGAGGGGUGGGAGGAGGAACUACACUUUCUUUUUGUGCGUGUGAGCUUACCUUUCCUUGCACCGACGUUAUUUCUAGCAGCCGCCGAGAUUUUCGUUUAUUUUCUUUUUAUUUUUUUCUUUUCAGCGCUCGCACUUCUUUCUUUAUCCUCACUCGAGAGAUGCGGGAGGAGUUAGGAAGCUCAGGGACGGAUGGGGGUUCCGUUUAUCCUUUUUUCCUCCCCUUUCUCCAGCUCUUGAAGGACCAGAAGAAGAACUAAACCAAAACAUUUAUUUCCCGACGGCGUCUCCUACUCCUGCCCCUCUCCGCCGCAUCGGUGAAUGAACAAAACCGCACGUUGCACCUCCCAAAAAUAAGAAAUAAGAGAGAAGAAAGGAGGGAGAGACGCAUUGUUACCCCGGGCCGAGGAACAAAGCCGGCUCCGCGCCCCGGGCUCCGCGCAUCCCCGGGCCGGGAGCGGCGGCUCCGCGGGGAAGGAGAAGCCGAAGGGGCGGGGGAGACGGAAUAAUCCCGGCUGGUGCUAUCGCCGCAUCUCUUUUGUUAUUUAUCGCAAUCGGGGGAAGAGGAGGAAGAGGAGCACUUUCCAGAGCAAUUUCUCCCCCUCUUAAAACCGACCGGCGGGCGUCGCAGCCCGCUGCCCCCAAUUAACGGGACUUUGAUGGGGGAAACGCUUUUCCGCCCCUGAUGCAUCGCUUAUUUGAACUGUAAAGGAAUCGCCGAGGGGGCGAGAGGACCUGGAGAGAGAGGCUGACCAAACGACUCCGCCGAGGCUCCUCCUCCGCCCCCUCCAAGAUGAUGCUUAGCCCGGACCAAGCCGCCGACUCCGACCACCCGUCCUCGGCCCCCUCGGACCCGGAGUCGCUGGGCGGCGCGGAUGCCCAGGCGCUCAGCUGCUGCGCCUCGGACCCCGAGCCGGCGGAGGGCGGCGGCGGGGCGGGCCGGGGCGGCGGGGAGAGCCGUGCCGGGGGCCGCCCGGGGCUGCACCCUGCGCCGCUCAGCCGGGAGGAGAAGCGGCGGCGGCGCCGCGCCACGGCCAAGUACCGCUCGGCGCACGCCACGCGGGAGCGCAUCCGCGUGGAGGCGUUCAACCUCGCCUUCGCCGAGCUGCGCAAGCUGCUGCCCACCCUGCCCCCCGACAAGAAACUCUCCAAGAUCGAGAUCCUGCGCCUCGCCAUCUGCUACAUCUCCUAUCUCAACCACGUCCUGGAUGUGUAGCGCCUUGGCGCCCCGGCGGACAAACCCCAUUCCCCACGGGAGCCCCCCCCCCCCCCACCUGCCACCGGGACGUCCCCGCAUCCCUGUCACCGGCACAUCCCUCCAUCCCCGCAUCCCUGCCGCCACCGGCACAUCCUUGCAUCCCUGCUGCCACCGCACAUCCCUCCAUCCCCGCCGGGGCAUCCCCGACACCGGGACAUCCCUCCAUCCCCGCAUCCCCAACAUAUCCCUCCAUCCCCGCAGGGACAUCCCUGUAUUCCCGACACCGGCACAUCUCUCCAUUCUCGCUAGGGCAUCCCUCCAUCCCCACCGGGACAUCCCUCCAUCCCCGCCACCGCCACAUCCCUCUAUCCUCAUCGGGACAUUUCUCCAUCCCCGCCGCCACCGGGACAUCCCCGCAACCCCGCCGUCCCCGGUCCAGCGGCGAGGGCAGCGGCGGGCAACGCCUUCCCCGGGGCGGCGGGGACGCGGGAGUGUCCCCACAGCAUCUCCUCUCCCCCCGGGACUUCCCCUGCACGGGACCCCGUUUUUUCGAAGGGAAGUGUAAAACCGGAUUGUUUCUUCAGGCUGUCAAGUGCCCCUUUAUAUAUAUAUCCAAAAAACCACAUCUACUUGUGACCUUAAACGUGUGACCCAUGGGUGCAGUUAAAAAUAACUAUUUUUUAUUUAUGGUAGAAGGAGUGGACAAUUUAUUUUUUUCAAGACUUAUUUAUUUUUCAGAGUGGUGGCAAUUUUACUUUGGAUACUUCGUGCCAAUUGGUUUCUAUAGUCGGGUGUUUACACUUUCUCCUGUGGAAUAUUAUGUUUAACUUGAUGAGUGUUUGUUGAGAUUGAUACAGUGUUCCUUUCCCUUUUUAUUUUAAUUUAUUUUCCCCCUCCGAUAUAUUGCACUUGUGUACGACAAACAUCUCCUUCCUCCCUCUUUAUACGUAUAUUUUAUAUAUAUCAAGGCA